AUGGCGUCCCAGGACCCUGAGCCCGACGCUGGGGUCCCCCGUGUCCUCGCCUCUGGGGGGUGCAGCGCCUCUUCCCUGUCCUGCCACGAGGACCUCGCGCCGGGCUCGGGUCCAGCCACAGCCCCUCCGGUGGCCGAGGGUCCCAGCCCCGGCCUCCCGCGGAACGUGCUGAGCGAGAGGGAGCGCCGGAAGCGAAUCUCGAUGAGCUGUGAGCGCCUGCGGGCCCUGCUACCCCGGUUCGCUGGCCGGCGGGAGGACAUGGCCUCGGUCUUGGAGAUGACGGUGCAGUUCAUCCGGCUCGCACGCACGCUGGUGCCUGGCUGGGAGCAGCAUGCGGAGAGUUGGGAGCGGAGGGACCUGGUCGUUGCUCCUUCCAAGGAGGCGUGGCACUCGCUGCGGAAGAACGUCUUGCAGCUGGCCCUGUCGCGUCAGGUCCCGGCAGACACGCCAGGCCCCGGCACGGGAGCGCAGGGGGACCCCCCGCGCUGUGCAGCCCUGGGAGUGGCCGAGAGCAAGGCUCUGACGGGGUCGUCUGAGGAGCUGGACGGGCCACCCCUGAUCCCUGAGCCUUCCAGCCUGGCACCCCAGCCCGCAGGCCUGACUGAGGUCCAAGGACCACCGUCACCCUGGCCUCGCUGCUCGCGGGAGCUGACCUCCCCCGUGAUGAGCGAAGAGGCUCCCAGCUGGCUGGGCCACUCCGAGCCCCUGGCCAGGGCGGCCACCCCUCCAGGAGGGCCAGCCGAGGAGGCCCUGGUGCCCGCGCCGGACACCAGGUCUGUGUCGGGCUCCGACGGGGAGGACAGGAUGGCCUUCCUGCUGACCGCCAGUCCCGACUGGUGGCCAGGGUCCCUGGAGGGCAGAGGAUGCGGGGCCCCCACCUUGGCCACAGCCAGGAGCAGCCCACUGGACGAGGCAGAGCCGGGCCUCCUGGAGGACCCCGAGUCGGGCUGCCAGGAGCUCCAGGAUGGCUCCCUGGAGCCGUGGGGCUCGGACUUGGGCUGCUCGGACCUGGCCCUGCGGGACGAGGAGGACAGCAUCUUCCCCGACUUCUUUGCCUCCUAG